CCACAUCCGGUCCUACACUUAAAUGCGUCCCCAACUGUUUCCCGCUUGAAUGAGGCGUCUGCGUAUGCUUGCAGCGACUUUAGUCCGAACCAAAUAUUUCCUUAAUCCAAACCACAGCGCUCCUUUUGCUGCUAGGUUGCUGACAUCUCACGACAGUUGCCAGCGUGUAACAUUCCACUUGGACGCCACGGGAAGACGGCGGCACAUGUCGAGUGAAGCCAAGAAGCUGCGCGCUGAAGAGACAAUCAUGGACACAAAGAAGAAGAUAGGAACACACAAUGGAACUUUUCACUGCGACGAGGUCCUGGCUUGCUUCUUCCUGCGUCAGUUGGCUCAUUAUAAGGAUGCAGAGAUUGUACGGACCAGGGACCCGACACUGCUGGCGGACUGUGACAUCGUUGUAGAUGUGGGAGGAGUGUUUGACCCAAAGAGGCAUCGCUAUGAUCAUCAUCAGAGGACUUUUGCAGAGACGUUCCACAGCCUGUGUCCAGAUAAGCCUUGGGUCACCAAGCUCAGCUCGGCCGGCCUGGUCUACCUCCACUUUGGUCGUCAGCUGCUGGCCCAGCUGACGCAGCUGAAGGAGGACGAUAAGCAGCUAGAGAUCCUCUACGACAAACUCUACGAGAACUUUGUGGAGGAGGUGGAUGCCGUAGACAACGGCAUUUCACAGUGUGACAGUGAGGCGCGCUAUGCCAUCUCCACCAUGCUGAGCGCACGUGUCGGCUACCUGAAUCCACGCUGGAACAGCAGGAGCCAGGACACUGAGGAGGGGUUCAAAAAGGCUAUGGCAAUGGUUGGACAGGAGUUUCUGGACCGUUUGGAUUUCUACAAGUCAUCUUGGUUGCCAGCACGCCAGGUCGUGGAAGAAGCUAUCAGCGAGCGACAUAAGGUAGAUCCCAGCGGGCAGGUGCUGGUAUUCUCUCAGGGUGGAUGUCCCUGGAAGGAGCAUCUGUUCGCCCUCGAAAAGCAGCUCCAGGUAGAGACUCCCAUCAAGUUUGUGCUUUACCCCGACCAGAAUGGACAGUGGAGGGUCCAGUGUGUCCCGGCGGGCCUCAACACUUUCCAGAACAGGCUGUCCCUGCUGGAGGAGUGGCGGGGCGUCCGUGACCAAGACCUGUCAAAGCUCAGUGGCAUCGAGGGCUGCAUCUUUGUCCAUGCCUCUGGCUUCAUUGGCGGGAACAAGACACGGGAAGGAGUCCUGGAGAUGGCCCGGAGGACCCUGCAGGCCGCUGCACAGUUGCCUGCCAACGGCGACUCUUGACCAAAGAGAAUGUUGGUUUGUUAGCGUGGAAGUGCAAACAAUCCGAGGAAACAAUUACAAAAGUGGAAAUCCAAGUAAUUAAAUAUCUAAACAAGGGGUGUCAAACGUACGGCAUUAAAAAUAAGCCAAUAUUUUUGAAUGAAAGAAACUGCUGUUCUAAAUGUGUCCACUAGAUGUCGCAAUAGCAGUUCUUUGUAUCUUUGUAGAUGAUGCUAUAUAUGUAAAAAAAAUAAAUAACCACAUGAUGUUAGUGCACCAGUCGAGGAAAAUGAGCAAACCACAUAAAUAACAUCCUGUAAUUUGAUUUUUAUCUUGAUAGAUUAAAAAUGAACACCAAUGGGUUAAGUCAUGAACAUUGUCACAUAAUUUAUUCAGAAAGUAUAAAUAACCUCAAAUAAAAAUAGAAUACUAUAAACCGCAACAUGUAAGUGUAAAAAACAACAACCCUACAACGUUAUGAUUUGUACAUUUUCAGAAUGUGCUCGUUCUAUUUUUAAACAAAUAAAACAAUCUGAGGUUGUCUUUAUAUUUAAGUUAUCGUGCCGUGAUUUUGGGAGUACAUUUUUCUCCAUGUGGCCCCUGAUCUAAAAUGAGUUUGACACCCCUGCUCUAAACUCUUAUCAAAGGUGAUAAUUGAAAAAAAAACAAAAAUACAUUUCUAUGUUAGACCUCUUUGCCCAUUGAAAGUAAUAUGUAUACGGAAUUAUAUAGAAAUAAGCUAAAUCUAAAACAAAAAAAUUCUCAAUCUAGUUUAGAUUUCCACUUUUUGUCAUGUGCCAAUUAGUUCAAAUUCAGCCUUUACAAAGACUAUAAUUCACCUGGUAAUUGAUACUGUCAGAGAUGCAUACAAUUAGAGUAAUGUGUGUAAUUGAGAUGUUUUUCUAAUGCUUUGUUCCUCUAUAGUAGUCAAAAUAUUAGUCUUUUCUUUUCUUUUUUUAAAGAAGUGAAGUUUAACACCACAUCCACAUUAAUAAAACGCUACAAUGAAGACCUUCGCCUCAGUAAAAAGUCCUUAAAAGAUAUUCACUGUCCCACAAAUUCCUGCAUUUACCAAACAUAAGGAAAAUGUGAGAGAAAAAGGCUAUUGAGUUAACUUGUGAGUUGUCACAAAAAAAAGGUUGCAUUAAUCAUUAACACACACUUACAGCAGAUUAUUCAUGCAGUUUAUUUUGAGCGUACAAGCUCUUUUACCAUAACUGCUACACGGUCAGUGAUCAGCACAACAAUUAGUGAGGAGACUCUGACUGGUGUGCUCGCUGGCAAAUUUCCCUCCAAAAUACAGCCUGAAAGGACUUAGGAUAAAACUUCUACUUGGCUUUGUGCAAAUACAUGACAGUACAAUGUUUAAAAAGGUUCCUGGGUGGUAAUCUGAAAAAAAAAAUUGCAUUUGUCUACAAAUGUUUUUAUUUUAAAGCAAAUUUUAAUUAUACAAGCGAGUAAUAACCUGUGAUUAAUCAUGAUUAAUCCGAAUUCCAAAUGUGAUUAAUUAUGAUUAAUCCGAAUUCCAAAAUGUGAUUAAUCUGAUGAAAAAAAUUAUUAUUUGGCAACCCUAACAACACAAAAUAAACAAAUCUCAGCUCCCCUGCUAUCUUUUCUAGUAACUUUGUUUCACUUAAGAUACAUUUGCUCUCCUAACAUUAGGCUUUUGUCUUGUAAUUUGGAUCAUUUAAAUUGGUUUCCUGUGGUGUUUGCAACAAAAACACGGACAUUGUGGUGUAAAACCCCACAAAAGUGAACAAAUAAUCUGGGAUCCAUGUCUUCGCUUUUCUUCUUUUAACGCAAAGGGCUUUUUUCUUGAAAUUUGCAUAGUAUAUUUUACCAGUAAGUCAUGCAAUAUUUGCUAGAAAAAUAAGGACAUGUGAUUUCAGAUACGUAUUUUUUUACUUUCAAUAUGCAAAUCAAAUAGUCAAGAUUUAUUUUCUUUUGGUCCAUUUUUCAACGCUCGACAGUUUGUUAAAUCUGUUACCCAACCAAAGAAAAAACAUAUGCAGAAUUAUUAUCCUUAUUGUCUUUGAAAAGGUAUGUAUUUGCAUCUCAUUGGAUUAUGCAGGUGUGUGGUCACUUUCACUGUUUCCAAUAAAUAAAACACUUCUCA